AUGUCACACCCUAUCAUUUUUAACGGCAGCUUAGGCCUAGGCCUCAUGCUAGUCUCGCUCGGCUUGAACGCCACCUUUCGGCCUGUCGCCCAUCUCAAAAACCUGGAGUUUCCUGUGCCUACGGAGCCAGAAGCUAGGAGGCUCAGCCACGCACUCAUGCGAAUUUGGGGUAUCCGCAAUAUUUCUGUUGGUCUCCUGGUCAGCCUUAUCUGGACAACAAAAGAUGAGACCCUAAUGGGGAAGGCCUUGGCUAUCACGCUGGGCAUGCCUAUUACUGAUGGAUUUGUCAGUAGACUCCUCACCGGAGGUGGUGAAUUGCAGCAUUGGGUGUUCCCUCCUGUCCUUGUAGUAAUGAUUGCUGGAUUGUUUGGGUGGUUUUAG